AUGCGAUUUCAACUGACCUUGAUUUUUCAUCUUGGUUGGCUCAGUUGCUUAAGAGCUCAAGAUGAAUGCAAAAGGGGUGCCUGUCGUCCUACCACCGGUAAUCUCCUCAUGGGCCGCAGUGCGCAGCUUACAGCUUCUUCUACCUGUGGGCUGGACAGAGCCCAGAAAUACUGCAUCCUCAGCUACCUGGAGGGAGAACAGAAAUGUUUCACCUGUGACUCCAGAUUUCCAUAUGAUCCAUACACCCAACCCAACAGUCACACCAUUGAGAAUGUAAUUACAAAUUUUGAACCAGACAGAGAAAAGAAAUGGUGGCAAUCUGAAAAUGGUCUCGAUCACGUCAGCAUCAGAUUGGACCUAGAGGCUUUAUUUCAGUUCAGUCACCUUAUACUGACCUUUAAGACUUUCCGGCCCGCUGCAAUGUUGAUUGAACGUUCCACAGACUAUGGGCACACCUGGAAAGUGCUCAAAUAUUUUGCAAAAGACUGUGCUGCUUCCUUUCCCAAUAUUCCAUCUGGCCAGGCCCAGGGAGUGGGAGACUUGAUUUGUGACUCCAAAUAUUCAGAUAUCGAGCCCUCAACUGGUGGUGAGGUUGUUUUAAAAGUUUUGGAUCCCAGCUUUGAAAUAGAAAAUCCUUACAGCCCCUACAUCCAAGACCUUGUGACACUAACAAACCUGAGGAUAAACUUUACCAAACUUCAUACCCUUGGGGAUAUUUUGCCUGGAAGGAGGCAGAAUGAUUCCCUUGAUAAAUAUUAUUAUGCAUUAUAUGAGAUGGUUGUCCGGGGCAGCUGUUUUUGCAACGGCCAUGCUAGUGAAUGUGGCCCUGCACAGGAAGUGCGGGGAGAUGUGUUCAGCCCUCCAGGAAUGGUUCAUGGUCAGUGUGUCUGUCAGCACAACACAGAUGGCCCGAACUGUGAGAGGUGCAAGGACUUCUUCCAGGACGCUCCUUGGAAGCCAGCUGUGGGCCCCCAGGACAGCACUUGCAGAUCAUGUACCUGUAAUGGCCAUUCUGACCGCUGUCACUUCGACCCCACGGUGUACCUGGCCAGCGGAGAUCUCAGCGGGGGUGUGUGUGAAGACUGCCGUCACAACACCGAGGGCCAGCACUGCGACCGCUGCAGACCCCUCUUCUACAGGAACCCGCUCAAGGCCAUCUCGGAUCCCUAUGCAUGCAUUCCUUGUGAGUGUGACCCUGAUGGGACCAUUUCUGGUGGCAUUUGUGUGAGCCACUCUGAUCCUGCUUUGGGGUCUGUGGCCGGCCAGUGCCUGUGUAAGGAGAACGUGGAAGGAGCCAGCUGCGACCGGUGCAAGCCCCACCACUACGGACUGAGCGCCGCUGACCCCGUGGGCUGUCAGCCCUGCGACUGUCACCCCCUUGGGAGUCUGCCAUUCUCAACCUGUGAUAUGGAUACAGGUCAAUGCUUGUGCCAGGCAUAUGCCACUGGACCACACUGCAAAGAAUGCGCUGUUGGAUACUGGGGUCUGGGAAAUCAUCUCCAGGAAUGCUCUCCCUGUGACUGUGACAUUGGAGGUGCUUAUUCAAACAUGUGCUCCCCUGAGGAUGGGCAGUGCGAAUGCCGCCCCCAUAUCACUGGCCGCAGCUGCACUGAACCAGCUCCUGGCUACUUCUUUGCUCCAUUGAAUUUUUAUCUCUAUGAGGCAGAGGAAGCCACACCACUCCAAGGACUUGCACCUUUGGACUCAGCGAGUUUUGGCCAGGUGUCUGGUGUUCACAUUGUUUUCCAAGAGCCCAUUCCUGGGAACCCCAUUACAUGGACUGGCCGUGGAUUUGCCAGGGUUCUCCCUGGAGCUGGCUUGAGAUUUACUGUCAACAACAUUCCCUUUCCCAUGAACUUCGCCAUUGCUGUUCGCUAUGAAAUCCAGUCUGCAGCUGACUGGGCUGUCCGCAUUGUGGUUAAGCCGUCUGGAGGGAGCGAGUACUGCACAACCAGGACUACACUGCCAAAGCCUCAGUCUUUUACCUUGCCAGCAUCUGCCAGAAUUGCACUGCUUCCCACACCCAUCUGUUUAGCCCCUGGUGUACAAUAUUCCAUAGAUGUCUAUUUUUCUCAGCCCUUGGAAGGAGUGCCCCAUGCAAGUUCACACAUCCUGGUCGAUUCUCUUGGUCUUAUUCCCCAAAUCAAUUCAUUGGAGAAUUUCUGUAGCAAGCAAGACUUAGAUGAGUAUCAGCUGUACAACUGUGUUGAAAUUGCCUCAGAAACGGGACCUCAAGAGCUCCCUGGUGCAUGUGAAAGACUUAUAGUCAGCAUGUCUGCCAAGAUACACAACGGGGCAAUGCCCUGCAAGUGUCACCCCCAGGGCUCAGUUGGGUCCACCUGCAGCCGACUUGGAGGCCAGUGCCAGUGUAAACCUCAUGUGGUUGGACGCUGCUGUGACAGGUGCUCAUCUGGAAGCUACGGUUUGGGGCAUCUUGGCUGUCACCCAUGUGAGUGCCAUCCUCAAGGGUCGAAGAACACUAUCUGUGACCAAGUAACAGGACAGUGCCCCUGCCUUGGAGAGGUGGCUGGCCGCCAUUGUGACGAGUGCCUGGCUGGCUACUUUGGAUUUCCCAACUGCCGCCCCUGCCUUUGUAAUGGGUUUGCUGAACUUUGUGACCCAGAGACAGGAUCGUGCUUCAAUUGUGGAGGCUUUACAACUGGACCAAACUGUGAAAGGUGCAUAGAUGGUUACUAUGGAAAUCCUUCUUCAGGACAGUCCUGUCGUCCUUGCCCAUGUCCAGACAUUCCCUCAAGCGAUCAGUAUUUUGCACACUCCUGUUAUCAGAAUCCUUGGAGCUCAGAUAUAAUUUGCAAUUGUCUUCAAGGUUAUGCAGGUAUUCACUGCGGAGAAUGCUCUGCUGGUUUCUAUGGGAAUCCGAGAAUUUCAGGAGCACCUUGUCAGCCUUGUGCCUGCAACAACAACAUAGAUGUAACCGAUCCAGAGUCCUGUAACCGCAUCUCAGGGGAGUGCCUUAGAUGUCUGCAUGACACUCAGGGCUCGAACUGCCAGCUCUGCAAACCAGGUUACUUCGGAUCAGCCCUCAAUCAGACCUGCAGAAGAUGCACCUGCCAUUCUUCUGGAGUAAGCCCCGUUGAGUGUUCCCCCACUGGGGGAGCUUGCCUCUGUGACCCUGUCACAGGCGCAUGCCCCUGUCUGCCGAAUGUCACAGGCCUGGCCUGUGACCGAUGUGCUGAUGGACACUGGAAUCUGGUCCCUGGCAGAGGAUGUCAGUUAUGCGACUGUGACCCCCAGAACUCUCAGAGUAGCCACUGUGACCAGUUUACAGGCCAGUGUCCUUGCCGAUUAGGCUAUGGUGGGCUACGCUGCAGUGAGUGCGAGGCCAGUCAUUAUGGUGAUCGGCUGGGGCGAUGCAUUUCAUGCAACUGCAACAGGGAAGGUACCCAGAAAUCCGUCUGUGACCCAGACACAGGCAUGUGUCACUGUCGGGAGGGUGUCAGUGGCCAGCAGUGUGAUCGCUGCACCCGAGGUCACAGCCAGGAAUUCCCUACUUGCCCUCGAUGUCACUUCUGCUUUGAUCAAUGGGACCACACCAUUUCUUCCCUCUCCAAAGCGGUGCAAGGGUUAAUUAGGCUGAUCGCUAACAUGGAAGAUAAAAGAGAGACCCUGCCUGUCUGUGAGACUGACUUCAAAGGCCUCGGAGAGACCGUGUCUGAAAUCGAAAGGAUUUUGAAACAUCCUGUUUUCUCAUCUGGGGAACUCUUAAAAGUCAAGGAUUAUCAUGAUUCAGUUAGAAAACAAAUCAUGCAGCUAAGUGAACAAUCAAGGACAGUGUAUGAAUUCCAAGAUCUGAAAGAAAUGAUAGUAAGAAUGAGUAAUGAAGCAGAACUCUUAUUUGAAGAACUUCAGGAAGAAAUUGAUUUGCAUUCCAGUGCUCUUAAUGCAAGCAUCGUGGAUUCCUCAGAAAACAUCAAGAAGUAUUAUCAGAUGUCAUCGGCUGCUGAAAAGAACACUAAUGAAAUGAGUUUCAUCAUAAAUAACUCUAAAAAUACCAGGAAUGACUUACUUACUAUCUUAGAUACGUUAACCUCAAGAGGAAACUUGUCAUUGGCAAAAUUAAAACAGAUUAAGAUACCAGCUAUCCAAAUAUUGAAUGAAAAGGUGUGCGGAGAACCAGGGAACUUGCCAUGUAGUCUCUCGCCCUGUGGUGGUGCUCUCUGCAUGGACUCUGAGGGGACCAGGCAGUGUGGUGGUCCCAGCUGCCAGGGCUCCCUAACUCUCUCAAGCAAUGCCUUCCAGAAAGCCCAGGAAGCAAAAUCUGUGAUUCAUAAUUUGGAUAAUCAGAUUCAAGGAUUUAAAAAUCAGGUUAAAAAUAUGAGUAAACUAGCAGAAGUGUCCAAAAACAAUACCUUGCAGCUAAGUGAGAAGCUGGGACAUAUGAGAAACCAAAGCAAAACUGGGGAAGAAAAAAUAAAUCAUUUAAUCAAAAAAGUGAAAAACUUCUUGCUAGAAGAAAACGUGCCUCCAGAGGACAUAGAGAAGGUUGCAAAUCAUGUGCUUGACAUCCACCUACCCAUAACAUCACCAAAUCUAACCCAUCAACUUGACAAAAUACAGAAACUUACGCAGCUCUGUGAGAACUAUGGCGCAGAUGAGAACAAGUUAAACAAGACAGCAGAUGAAGCCCAAAAGCUUUUGGUGAAGGCCAAAGUAACAGAGAAAGCAGCAACGGUUCUAUUAAAUCUUGAAAAAAUGUUGGACACAUUGCAACAAACUCAAAUAACUCAAGAACAGGCCAACUCUACCAUCGCACAGCUGACCACCGAGAUAACAAAAAUAAAGAAGAAUGUGCUGCAGGCUGAAAAUCGAGCCAAGGAAAUCAAGAAUGAGUUAGACUUAGCAAAGCAACCAUCAGUGCUGGAGGAAGGACUUUCACUGCUACAGACCAAGUUGCAAAGGAAUCAAGACCAAGCCAACAGUGCAAAAGUUCAGGCUGAAGUCGCCCAGCGCCAGAUUGGGAGUGUCGAAAAGGAAUUUAUUGAGCUGAAAAAACAGUAUGCUAUUCUUCAACAUAAGACAAGUGCCACAGGAUUAACCAAAGAAACAUUAGGAAAAGUUAAACUGCUAAAAGAUGCUGCUGAAAAACUGGCUGGAGAUACAGAGGACAAGAUAAGAAGAAUAAAAGAUUUAGAAGAGAAGCUCCAAGAUUUGAAUCUAAGAAGACUAGCAAAGGCUGAUCAACUGAAACAAUUGGAAGAUCAAGUCAUCACCAUUAAAAAUGACAUUGUUGAGCAAGAAAAUAAAUACGCUUCCUGCUAUAGUUAGGCAAAAUUAAAGUACAAACACUGGUGCCUUUGCUUCUGGCUUGUGCUGUGCA